CACGCUGAGUUGGGUGGGGUAGAGAGUAGGGGGCGGUAGUCGGGGGUGGUGGGAGAAGGAGGAGGCGGCGAAUCACUUAUAAAUGGCGCCCAAGCAGGACCCUAAGCCGAAAUUCCAGGAGGGUGAGCGAGUGCUGUGCUUUCAUGGGCCUCUUCUCUAUGAAGCAAAGUGUGUAAAGGUUGCCAUAAAGGACAAACAAGUGAAAUACUUCAUCCAUUACAGUGGCUGGAAUAAAAAAAGUGCUGUGAGGCCCAGGCGCUCUGAAAAAUCUUUGAAGACACGUGAGGAUAUUGUAGCCCUUUUUCCUGUUCCUGAAGGAGCUCCCUCAGUACACCACCCCCUCCUGACCUCUAGUUGGGAUGAAUGGGUGCCAGAAAGCAGAGUACUCAAGUACGUGGACACCAAUUUGCAGAAACAGCGAGAACUUCAAAAGGCCAAUCAGGAACAAUAUGCAGAGGGCAAGAUGAGAGGGGCUGCUCCGGGGAAGAAGACAUCUGGUCUGCAACAGAAAAAUGUUGAAGUGAAAACAAAAAAGAACAAGCAGAAAACACCUGGAAAUGGAGAUGGUGGCAGUACCAGUGAGACACCUCAGCCUCCUAGGAAGAAGAGAGCCCGGGUAGAUCCUACCGUUGAAAAUGAAGAAACAUUCAUGAACAGAGUUGAAGUUAAAGUGAAGAUUCCUGAAGAGCUGAAACCCUGGCUUGUGGAUGACUGGGACUUGAUCACCAGACAAAAGCAGCUUUUUUAUCUUCCUGCCAAGAAGAAUGUGGAUUCCAUUUUGGAGGAUUAUGCAAAUUAUAAGAAGUCUCGAGGAAAUACAGAUAAUAAGUGUGCUGUAGUGCGAAUUGGAGCGAUGUUGGCCUACACGCCUCUAGAUGAGAAAAGCCUUGCUUUAUUACUGAACUAUCUACAUGAUUUUCUCAAGUACCUGGCGAAGAAUUCUGCAACUUUGUUCAGUGCCAGUGAUUAUGAAGUGGCUCCUCCUGAGUACCAUCGGAAAGCCGUGUGAGGCUGUGCGCUCCUCUCUCCCUCGGGCUUGGAUCUCUGUAAACUGUUUGGUUCUUAGUCCUUCUCUUGUACAAAUGAUGUAC